GUCCGCAAUAUACCGGUGACAUGCAGGACGCAAGGGGUAGAAGCACUAGAUCAUCAAAGCGAUAUGGCUCUGUUCCUGACUCUGUAUCGUUACCGGACCAUGAAAUUCAAGGCUGCCAAAGUGACACUGGACAAUAUCUGUGCAUUGAGUGCAAUGAAACUUUUGACACUAAACUGGAACUGAACAGUCACCGUCAGAGUCACGUGACAAAGAAACAGUUCACAUGUGCACAUUGUGGAAGAGGAUUCCACCACCAAGUCUUCUUGCAAAUGCACGAGAGAAGCCACGAAGAUGGGGGUUCUCGGACACCAGUCACUAAGACGCCAUGUCGAGUAAUAUCAACGAGGAGCAGCAAGGCCAUGUCAUCUCUUAUAUCAGAUGAUGAUCAUGGCACAUCCACUCCUACCAAACCAUCUGACCAUCUCCUGAACUCCAUAGUGAAAUUCAGAAGUGAAAAAAAAGUUUGCCAAGCUUAUGCCCCCCAUGAGUGUGUCACCAGACGCAUGCAAGGUACCACUCUGCCUGCUUACCAGAGAGCGGAUGCUCCUGAGAGAAAGAACAGGUUUGAGUUGAGAAUAUCAAAGUUUUCAGACACUACUGUUCACCUUAUUGAUACCUUUGGAAACACACUUGAGAUACUAAGUGAGGUUUUUAAUAAGUAUACAAUUGGUGAACCUGAGCAGGAGAGUUGUGCGGAGAGCCAUGUAAGCCCCAAUGUAGAAGAACAUACAAAUACCUUGGAGAAUAUUGAUGCGCAGAAUGUCAAUACAAUUGAUACUACUGACCAGAAGGUGUCACAUGUCAUAACUGCUUCCCAGGACGUUUUGGAAGACCCUCCCUUGUUAUCCCAAGUAGAAGAAUUUGACUCUGGGAAAAAUGUACAUGUUAGUGACACGGAGGCGGAUCUGCCUUUGUGCAACAUCAAACCUAUCGUAAGUGCCAGCACUUCUCCUGAGAAACUGUUUCAUUUCCGUGAUGUUGAUAUUCUUACAGCACCCACAGCCUCUAACUCGGACACAGGUGGCACUUCAUGUCAUGAACAUCUCGUAAAUCAGCCAAAUUCUGAAAUUCCCAAGAAUACUUCUGAUGAUAUAAUCUUAAAUCCUCCAAGUACUGUCCAGAAUGACUCCUUGCUAAAUCACAAUACUAGUGAACUUGUUGACCCGGUCUUCGAAAUUGACAGCAGAGAAUCUGUUACCAAGCUGCAGACAGAUUGUGAAACCAAAGCAUCGGAAGGUUCCCUUGUGGAAGAGGUAAAUUUGUAUGACGGUGAUAUCAGCGCUGGUCAUACUGCAGAUGAAAUGGAUGCCUCGCCUAAGCUGGACACUUUAGAUACGAUACCUCUUGAUGAUCUGUUAAACCAACAUGAACAAUGGAAUGUCCCGUGUGUUUUACAUGAUGAAAGCAGUUCUACUUUGAACAAGUCUGUAGCACCUGAAGCCCCUAUCAAUACUGAUAACCAGGAAAAAGGUCUUCAAAAUACUUCUUCUACUAACACACUUGUUGCAUUGUGUGGGGAUGAUAAGGAUCAGUCUUUGUUGAAUGAUGAUUCAGUGAAUGAAAUGGGAAUCUUAAUGAAUAUGAAUCAUGAUUGUGAUCAGUUGGAACCAUCAUGUGAAAAUAAAAGCAUCAAUGUGAAGACAAACCUCAAUAUUUGCUUGCCAGAAUGGGAUGCAUUGUCAAAAAUGGUUAAUGAUGACCAUAUGUCAGAUCAGCAGAGUAAAACAGCGACAUGUGAACUGGAAGAAAAUAAACAUUCACCUAGAUUUGAUGAAGAGCUGCUUACGGCUUUAGAAAAGAGUAAAGACAUGAACUUAUUGGAAACUGGUGAACAGGAAAACUUACAAAAUCGUCUGGCCCUUGAUGAGUGUUUAUCAGAAUUGAAAGAGCAGCAUACAGAAAAGGAGUCUCUCAACUCCCCUAGGAAUGUAGAACUGGACAAUGUGAUGCAUGAGCUUGAAUCAGCCGCUGAGGGAACAAGCCAGGAACAAUCUGACUCUGGCAAAGAAGAUGUUGAUUUUCACAUUUUUAACAGUAGACCAACAAAUCUAGAGGAAAAUGGAAAAGUGAGCUCACAAAAUGAAAAUACAGGAGAGAAUGAUCUUGCUUUAGUAAAAUCUGAUGAACAGUCUCUGAAGGAUAAUGGGAACCAAGGGACAACAUGGAAGUGUGAAAUUCAGUCUAGUUCAAAUGAGAGCUCCUAUUUGAAGGAUAUUGAUGAUCAAAGAGACCCUGAAAGAGAAACAAACAUUUGCAAAGUAACUCAAGAUGUCGGUGAAAAAAUGUCCCUUUUUGAGAUGGAAACUCCUGUUUGCUCACCAAAAUCAAAUACCCAGUUGCAGAUGGACCGCAGUGAUGGUGAAAAAACAAUCUCUUUGGAGCAAGAUGCGCUGAAUGAUGAACACCUUAUAACUGACCAGUCCGAUACUGUCUUAUCGGACCACAAUAUGAGAGACGGUUUUAAUAAGGAAGAAAUAUUGCCUUUAGAAGCACAAUUAGAGGUUCUUCCGCAAAUCCAUAUCUCCAAUGAACAAAACAUUGUAUUAGAAAAAGAAAUUGAAAAUGAUGUUGUCAUGCAUAAAAUGGUAAUGGCCCAUUGCUUAAAUGAACCAGAUGAAUCACCGGCUCCUAGCGCUCUUCUCUCGUCUAAUUUGGAAAGUGAAAUGGACAUUCCAUUACAGCAGAAUCAGGGAGAAGAGGAUACAGUUAGUCAUAUCAACACGAAUGAGAUUGAUCUAGAAAUGAGCUCAUUGGAUAGCCAUGAACCAUCAGCGAAAGAUGACAUUAACAUCUCUAAGCAGAAUUCACAGCCACAAAUCUCUGAUCGCCAAGUAAACACUGAGAGAGAUGCAGACUUCAGUUUAGUAAGUCAUGAUGAACAGUUUAAGAUUAAUCUUGCUGGUAAUGAGAGCGUCCAAGAUGCAAGCCAAACAGAUGGUGCAGAGAUUGAAUUUGACUGUAACGAUUGUUCCUCUCAUGUGGCAGACACUGAACUAGACUCCUCUACGAGCUUGCUAACCACUGAGAAAUCAGGAGUGAGUACUGAUGAAAAACAAGAUCAAGAUCCAUCUGUUAUGUUUGUGCAGGACACAGUGCCUGAAAAUGACAAAGACUCUUUCACCGAAGAGCCUGAUAGUAGUCAUCUGAUUAACGAAAUGGUGACUGAACAUUGUGACCUUUUUGACCAAGAACUAGAGCAAGAUCACUCAAUUGAUCAACAAAAUGAAGAGAAAACUGAAGAUCUAAAUUCCAUGAAGGAAUCUUCUUUACCUAUUACAGUGGACAUUGAAAAGCUAUCCACUCCUAAAAAGAAUCUUUGUGGCGUUCUAAGUGUGCUAGAUGAGUGUAAUGACAGUGCUGAAAGAACAAAAGUCUCUGAGGGUUCACCAGUAAAUCAUAACAUUACGGAGGUAUUUAAUGAGACGGAGUCUCCCAGUUUACUUGAAUACCCUGACUUUAGGUCAGUUGACUCUUAUGAUAGAGAACCAGAGCCAAAUCUAAAUCUGGAGAAUGCAGGAGAUGGCUUACCAUCCCCUCACAAUGAAGUCCUUAGUGUUUCAUCCUUGACCAGUCAAAAAGAAAGUCAAGAAGGCCUUUUCAGUGGUACACCCCAGAUAAGUAGCAAAACAACUCUUCCAAGUGAAGAUGCAGAAAAUGUUUUAGAUGCCCAAAAUGAACAGUUAGAGAGAGAGACUGAAUAUCCAACUACACAUGAACUAAAUAUUUUACAAAAUAUCAGAAAUGACCACAAUGAUAAAGAUACAAAGGUAGUGAUCUCUGGAUGCAGCAAUCUAAUGAAUGAAGAAAUCGUGGACAAGCAGAUUACCUUUCAUGAAAGAGACCCUAAUAGUGAACUGCCAUUCAUUAAAAAUGUUGAAACUGAAGUAAUGUCAGAUGCUGAAAAGGCCUUAUGCCCUGAACAACAUAAUCUAAAUCCAUCUUCUGCUCUGGACUGUUUCUCUGACCAUCAUUUACAGAGCAGUGUCGGGGAUGGGAUUAAUGAGGAAUGCAAAGAAAUUAACUUAGAUGAGAACAGUUCCCAUGAAAAACUUGAGACAACACACAAUUCUCAGGUGCCUAGUGUUGACCUAGUUUUAAGUGACUCUGGAAUGAGCAGCCAGAUUAACAAGACGGAAGAUGAAUUUGAAGACCCAAGUGAAAUCUUGCACAAACCUUUUCCAUGUGAAAGUUCAAAUAUGGAUGAAGUCCCUAAUGACAAGUCUGCAAUGUCGAGAAGUGAUAUUGGGACUUCCAGUAGCGAAGCAUCAAAUUCAUUGUGCAAGAGCCAAUCUGUAAUUCAUGAUUCACCAGAAGGUCCACCACUGACAAAUAGUGGCAGUAAAGAGGAUUCAUCUGAUGUGAAAAUGUCUGACGGAACAUUGGGGGCUGGUGGACAAUGCUUGACGUGUGGCCGAAAGGUGAGACGCAGUAGGAAAGAACUAGUUUGGUCACCACUCUGCUUUAAGUGCCGUUUGCUGGCAAAGAGACAAGAGCACCAUGCUAAGCAGGAAAUGUGCAAGAGUUCAGACCUUGUACUGGAACCAGAAAUGUCUAGUAAAGAAGAAAAUUUGUUCAAUUUCUCAAACUGUAAUAUUAAACAAGAGGCAGAUCAUUUGCAAAAAGAAAUAUCUGAUGAACCUGUUGAAAAAUUGGAUAAUACAUCUGUCAAGGAGGAAGAGCCUGAUCCUAUACCUAAAAAAACAUAUACGUGUCAGAAGUGUGACAAGUCCUUCAGAAUUCCUGCACUUCUUGCAGGUCACAUGAAAUGUCACACAUUACCCCAGUGUUUGACCUGUGGCUGCCAAAUGAGACUGAAGUAUAAAACUAGGCGUAUUCCGCGGAGGUGCCAGAAAUGUGUUCAGCAAAUCAAGGAGCAAAAGAAAGGUGAUGGAACGCUGAUUGGUGAGAAGAGUGGAGAUGAGGACAGCCUGAAGUCAGACAGUGAGGCUCCUGUAACUUCUCUGUCUGACAGCCAUAGUGUAAUGCCCGACGAUGAGCUACAGGACAGUGACACGUCUUUGAGCACUAUAAAAUCACACCAGAAACCAUGUACUAAAAGCAAAUUUCGCCAAGCAAAGUUACAGUCUGUAAGAGUUAGAAGAGGAGCUGAGAUGUUCCACUCUGGACUUCUAAAAAAGCACAAGAAGGUUCGGUCUGGCAUGCCAUCCCUGUACUGUACCUGUGAUGCAGGUUUCAGAUUUGGACUUAGGAAGUCGGUGAAAAAAUGUCAGCAUUGUCAUAAGCUUAUUAGAGACCGAACACCUCCAGUUUCACUUGAAAAAGCAGAGCUGACAGCUGCCCAUCAAUCUGACCUAUCUGAUUCAUCACAUGAUAGUGACCAAGAUCUAAGAAACAAGCUGAAAAAAGAUCUAACUGGUGACAAAAAAAGACCAUUAAAGAAGGUUAAAAAGCAGCAAUUGCCAGAGUCUGAAAUGCAAACUACUAAAGAUGAUUUGGUGUCAGGGGAUAGUGCUGAAACACGUGUAAGAAAAUCUGUCCAGGAGUUGAAGCCUUGUAAAGCGGAGGCUGAGAUCUGUAAGAAAGAAGAUACUGAAUCAUCUUCAGAUGAACAGAUGAGUGACCAGAGCAUGAGUCUGCCAGAUGGUGAAAAGCCACGUUUAUGCCCGCAAUGUGGCAAGGCGUUUAAGUGUAAUAGGUCUCUUCAUCUUCACCUGUUGAGCCAUACAGCAAUACUUUGUGAGUCUUGUGGUUGUCGAUUGCAGAAAAAGAGACGAGCUGGUCGAUGGUCAAAGAAGUGUCGUAUCUGUAGACUGCACAGCAAAGAGCCAGGUGUUUCUGCUGAUGUGGAAAAGGCCUUCACCAGCGAAAACAUUACAAAGGAGGAAAGCAUGUGUUCUUUUCCGCUUAAAGUCAAGCAGCCAAAGAUUGUGAAAAAUAGACAAAUCAAGUCCAUUACAAAGCACAAGAAAGACCUUAAAUGGAAGAACAUGAUGUUGUCCGUGAAAGGGCUUAAAAGGAAACCUAGAGAAAAGAAUGACAUAACUUGUCUUGAAGAUCAUAAAAAAGGUGACAAUGAAGUAAAAAAGGACCUGCAGAGCACCAGUUCAGAACCAGACCAUAGUAGUAAUGUGUCUGCCAUUAAUGAUGAUAAAAGCAGUAUUUUCACAGAUUUUGCUGCUCUACCCAAAAAUGAUGUACACCUUCAUGGUUUGCAAGAACCUGAUUCUUCAGGACUGCACAAUCCUCGAAAAAAACUCGGGGGCAUCCAUAAACAAGGCAGAAAGUGUUUGUAUAGAGAGAAAAACAUUAUUAAAGUUGAAGAGGACCAAGUUUUACCUUAUAUUCACAAUCCGCCUGCAUCAAUUAUUCCUGUAUCCAUUAAAGUAGAGGAUGAAAACCAGUGUUUGGAAUGUAGCCAAACUUUUCCAAAUGUGGAUCUUUUGAUCAGCCACCAGCAAAAUCAUAUUGAGGACCAGCCAUUCACAUGUUCACAGUGUCCACAAAGCUUCUCUAAAGAACAGUAUUUGAAUAUUCACCAUAAUACCCAUGCUGAAGAUCGUCCCUUUCAUUGUCCAGAAUGUAAUAAAACCUUCACUAGAAGAAACCAUCUUGGUGUCCAUAUGCGUGUACACACAGGCACAAGACCAUUUGCUUGUCCAGACUGUCCUUGCAGAUUUCGGCAAAAGGGCAGCCUGAUUAUUCAUCGUUACACACAUAGAAAUGUUCAGCUUUCGCUAUUAAAGCCUUAUCCGUGUUCAAUCUGCAGUAAAAGUUUUAAGCAAAGGGAAAGGCUAGUCGUGCAUGAACGUCUUCAUACUGGUGAAUGUCCCUUCUCUUGUAAGGAUUGUGAAAAAGUUUUUCCUAGCAAAGCAAGGCUUUACAUCCAUCGUAAAAUGCAUAAAACCUGUAAGAUUUCAUCUAGUGUUCAGCCAAGUACUGAUUGCAAGGAAAAUAUGGAGACACAGCCUUUCAAAUGCCAAGACUGUGACAAAGUCUGCUCCACCAAAGCCAGUCUGGUUCUUCAUCGGAAAGUGCAUAAGUUGUCAUCCAGCUCUGAGCAGAUUAGCCAGCAACAGAAUGUAGAAGAACAUCCUUUUCAUUGCAAAAAAUGCAAUAAAGUCUUCUCCACUAAGGCAAGUCUAACUCUGCAUAUCAAGCUGCACACAGCACACAGGGUAACUGCCAACUUAGACCAGAAUCCUGCCAGCAAAGGGGACAUGCAGGGGCAGCCUUUCAUUUGCAAAGACUGUGGUAAAGUCUGCUCCACCAAAGCCAGUCUUGUUCUUCAUCGUAAAGUGCACAAGUCUCUAUCCUUUCAGGAGCAGAAUCUGGACUCCAAAGCUGGUAUUGGAAGCCAUGCCUUCAUUUGCAAGUACUGUGAUAAAGUCUGCUCCACCAAAGCCAGUUUUGUUCUUCAUUCUAAGGUGCACAAAUCAUCCAGCAGCGAAAGCAUUCUUACAAAGAAUGUGGUGCAGAAGUCCUUUAUUUGUAAGGAGUGUAAUUUAGUCUUCUCCAACAAGUCUAGUUUUGUCCUUCAUUCUAAGGUACACAAGUCUUCAUCCAGCAAUGAGCAGAAUUUAAAAGUUGACCUGGAGAAACAGACCUUCAUUUGCAAAGACUGUGAUAAAGUCUGUUCCACCAAAGCCAGUCUUGUGCUUCAUAGUAAGGUGCACAAGUCAUUAUCAAGCAAUGAACUGAACAUUAGUCCUGGAGUAGACAUGGAAGAGCAUCCUUUUCAUUGUAAGGACUGUGGGAAAUUAUUUUCCAGCAAAGGCAAGCUCUCUGCCCAUAGUAAAGUGCACUCAGAGCACGACCAAAACCCCAGUUCUGACCAAAACCCUAGUUCUGACCAAAACCCUAGCCACAUUGCAGAUGUGGACCAGCAGCAAAAGACGGACACUGAAGAAAAACCAUUUCCCUGUCCAAAAUGUCGAUUAAGAUUCACACGAUUGAAGAUGCUUGUCCGUCACAAACUUAUUCAUGGGGAUGAUGGAAUCUUCCCAUGUCUACAUUGUGGAAAGAGGUUCCUAUUCCAGAAAUCACUUUUAAACCAUGUGAAGAUCUGUCAGAGCAGAAACAAGGGAAAAAUCAUCUUGGGACAGAAGAAGGCUGCAACAAAAAGAAAGAGUUUGAAGGAUGUAGGUGAAUCUAGCUUGGGAGAAGAGGCUGUGACCAAGAAGAGAAAAAUCAACGAGAACAAGAAAGUAACAUCUGAUGCACAAAAAGAAAACAAGAAAAAAAUGAUUAAGGGAAAGAAGCUUGGUUUAAUCAAAGAGAAAUGUAAAACAAAAGACCUAAAAGACAAAAAGACCAAACCAAAAGAAAAGAGAUCUAAGGGAGAUGGUGAAACAGAUACAGAUGGUGAGGGCAAGAAAUCCUUGCAGAUAAAACAUGAGAAAAUCUUAGACGUUGUGGUGAAGGAUAAAGAAGUUGCCAAGGAGAAAAAACGAAAAGCUGUAGUAAAAGUAAAGAAGGUUGUGAAAAAAGUCCCUUCUAAAGAAAAGCAGCAAAACAAAAGAAGUGUAAGCCUAAAAAAAUGGGUCAUAGCCGGUACUACAGUGAAGAAACAGACUGUGAUUGGUGGGGUGAAAAAGAGAGAAGUGAAAAAAAGUGGGCCAGGUAAAGCCAAGUCUGGGGGGAAAAGUGGACAGGGGGUAAAAGAGAAGAAUGAAAAAUGACUGUCAUCUCCUGCUGCUGAAUAGAAGCGUUCAUCCUUAUUUCAUACGUAACAGUGUUGCUACUUAAUGUUUUUGUUGUCUGUACAAUGUUCCACUUCUGUAGACAUUCGUAUACUGAAGCCGUUAAAUUUAAACCUUGUUGUCUUUUAAUAAAAUUUGCCUAUGUGGAA